AUGGGGGACUCCAGAAGAAACAUCAAAACCCCUCAGUCUACUCGCCGCCACCUUUCCUCCACCUCGAAUCCCUCAAACCCCGCUGCUCCACUCAAAACACCCACCCCACCCCGUGUCCCCCGGGAAAAACACUUCAUCUCGACCCCCUUUUCCACCAUCGAAGCGCGAGCUCGGUCAUUCCAAGGACAAGUGCUCAAUGGCGUCACUCCGCUCGAACUGGCCCGCGCCGGCUUCUACUAUGAACCGAACGCACCUUUCAGCGACAUAGCCUGCUGCUUUGCUUGUCAAGCAUUCGUACGCCUGGGAAGCCUCCAGCACGAACCCCUCCAAGAAAGACAGCGACUACAUGUUAACGACUGCGUAUGGGAGGUCAUAUAUAACGAGCUGAAACUAAUCCUCGAACCUACCGACAAACUCCCUCCUCCGGCCACCGCACCCCCUCCGCCUAUACAAUCAACACCAAACCACCGCCCUACCUCAGAUGUCGAACUUCUCAAGCAGACAACCACCGACGCCAGCACACAGACACCGACCCGUCCAACACGAACAACGCCUGCCGCCAGAGAGGAACCCGCGAACACUAGCAUCGACUCGUGCGCCAAGCCGCCCCCAGCCACAACCGAUCAAGAGCAAUCAACAACCCCACCAAACCAUUCUCCCGAUUCUCCUCAACCAAUAACAACCAUCACCUCCUCACCCCGAAACCAACAAACGACCUAUGCUUCCGUCCUCCAACAAUCUCCCGCAUCCCCAUCAGAAUCAACUUCUCCAACGCAAGAACCUAUCAUUCCCGCUAAACCCGUACUCACAAUUGAAGAUCUUCACCGCCGUUUCCACAAUAAACCGUCCCCGUUCCAAAUUGGGAAGAAGACGAGCCGUCACCGAACUCGGAACAAGAACGUAUCAGCCACACAGUCACUAUCCAAAUUCUUAGCUUCUGCUUUGCCCGCUUUCUCGCGGUUCUUAAGAGAGAUGCAACCAAAAUCGGAUAAUUGUUAUCCGUCUCAUCCGCGAUUCUACUAUAGCCGCGCCACGAGGGCAGCCUAA